CGCGUGGCCGAGAGCGCUGCAGAAAUCAGGGAGGAGAAACCGGGCUGACCGAGCCGGAGGAGGAUCGGAAGUGACUCGCCGCUCACAUUCACCCUUAUUCCUUUUACAUAUGUUUUAUUUUACCUGUUCGCGUUUCCUGGAAAACGAGAGACGCUCCGUGUAGCAAGAUGAAAGGAAGAUCACACUGUUGAAAGUCAUCUUUGCAGCUCUGCUCUGGUGUCUAGCUUAAGGAGACAGUGAGCUCUGAGUCUGUGAUUGGAAGGCUGCAGGUGCUGGAGUGACGUCUGCCCCCAUUUGUGUAUCUCUCUUCUCUUGUAUCUCUCCUUUGGGGAGCUGCUGAGCGUGCUGAAGACCGUCCAAAGGCUCCCUGCCUGGGGCAGAGACAGCGCCCCUUCACAUCCACCGCCAUGGUGCUGUCACAGAGGCAACGAGACGAAUUAAACCGAGCGAUAGCGGAUUACCUCCGUUCUAAUGGUUAUGAAGAGGCCUACUCUGUUUUCAAGAAGGAGGCAGAGUUGGAUAUGAAUGAAGAAUUAGAUAAGAAGUAUGCAGGCCUUUUGGAAAAGAAAUGGACCUCAGUCAUCAGAUUACAAAAGAAGGUGAUGGAGUUGGAAUCCAAGUUAAAUGAAGCUAAAGAGGAGAUCACUUUAGGAGGCCCUGUGGGACAAAAGAGGGACCCCAAAGAGUGGAUCCCACGCCCCCCAGAGAAGUACGCUCUCAGUGGCCACAGGAGUCCCGUCACACGCGUCAUCUUCCACCCUGUGUUCAGCAUUAUGGUCUCUGCCUCAGAAGAUGCCACUAUCAAGGUGUGGGACUAUGAGGCAGGAGACUUUGAGCGCACUCUCAAAGGACACACAGACUCUGUGCAGGACAUCUCCUUUGACCAGACUGGAAAGCUGCUGGCCUCCUGUUCAGCAGACAUGACCAUCAAACUCUGGGACUUCCAGGGUUUUGAGUGCAUCAGGACCAUGCAUGGACAUGACCACAACGUGUCAUCAGUUGCCAUCAUGCCCAAUGGCGAUCAUAUAGUAUCUGCCUCGAGGGAUAAGACUAUUAAAAUGUGGGAGGUGGCCACUGGUUACUGUGUGAAGACAUUCACUGGCCAUCGGGAGUGGGUGAGGAUGGUGCGGCCCAACCAGGACGGCACACUCUUGGCCAGCUGCUCCAAUGACCAGACGGUGCGUGUGUGGGUGGCUGCCACUAAGGAGUGUAAAGCUGAACUAAGGGAGCAUGAGCAUGUGGUGGAGUGCAUCUCCUGGGCUCCAGAGAGCGCACACCCCACCAUACUGGAGGCCACUGGCUCUGAGAACAAGAAGUCUGGAAAACCUGGCCCCUUCCUGCUUUCAGGAUCCCGAGACAAGACCAUUAAGAUGUGGGAUGUCAGUACUGGCAUGUGCCUUAUGACACUGGUUGGCCAUGAUAACUGGGUGCGCGGAGUGCUUUUCCACCCAGGAGGAAAGUUCAUUGUGAGCUGUGCAGAUGAUAAGACCCUGCGCAUCUGGGACUAUAAGAACAAGCGCUGCAUGAAGACCCUGAGUGCCCACGAACACUUUGUUACCUCUCUGGAUUUCCACAAGACUUCUCCCUACGUGGUGACAGGAAGCGUAGAUCAAACAGUUAAAGUAUGGGAAUGCCGCUGAUCUCCCUUUGGCAGGCCCUGCUGCCCUUUGCCCCACCUCUAUACCAUCACUCUUCCCUGCCCUGACACUUGUCCUUCAGGAUGCACUCAUCACCAUGGCUACCACCUCAUCCAGCUCUCUUCUAAUACCUAUUGUCCUUUUAUGUAAAUUAUUCUGGAUGUAGUUUGAGCUUAUUAAAUGUUACACAAGACACCCUCAUAAGGAGAGGAAAAAAGUAAGAAAAAAAGAAAAAAACGUAUUCUUGCAUGGUGAAUCCAAAACUUGUAUACUGUUAAAAACAAAAGGAAAAAAAAAAGAUAAUAAAUUUUGCUUACCAUCGUGUAGAAGUUACCAAUAAAGUUAAAAAGAGCAUCAGUGGUGCUCUGGCAUCAAGCAUCUCGUUACAGAAGGCAGAAUGAUCCUGUCUGGGGAAUUCAAAUAUAGGGCACUUCAAAUACAGCCAGUCUCACUUUUUUGUUCCUUGUUUUAUUUAUUUUUAUUUUUUUGGGCCUGCCAUGAAACAGUUAAACAGCUUGGUGCUUCAUGGAUUACUAUAUAUAACUUGUAGUUGCAUGUACUUUUUUUUAAUUUAUUUUUUUUCCCCCUGCUUUCAGUUAAUGCAACAAAAAUGAACUGGGUUGGAUACGUUGUUCUCCACUCACAUACUCCAAAGGACCUACCUAUAUGAUGCAUUUUUAGGUGCUAAAUGCUGUAGUCAUAAAAUCUAUAAUGAUGCAUUUUAAUGGAUGUAGGAAAUCUCACGUUUAAAUGUUUAUCUAGCUCUUGCCACGCAGGUAUAUGGCACAGAUGCCCUUGGUGAAGUCUUCUAGCUUUUUCCUGAAUUUUAGGAUUUGAGUCUGACCUGAGCUGUAGCCCUUGAAGAUGACUUUGAUCCAAGGUCAGCAACGACAAGUUUGGCAUAAUCUGCCUUUCCAGAUUGACUUGACUGGCUUAAGUUUUUCAGGACCGAGUCACGUGCCAGCAAAUUUUGUCUGUGAUAUCAGACAAGAGAUGCCUUGUGAAGAAAAAAAAAAAAGACAAGAUGAGAAGAUAAUGAGAAGACGAAUCAACAGUACGACUGGAACUGGCUUGUUUAAGUGCACUUGUUGAAGGAGGUACAUGGUGUGCUGGAUUUAUGCUUUGAUCCUUUCAUUCUUUUCCAUUUUAUUCAUGGAAAACCUUCUGUAACGCACCUUUUUCCUCACCUUUUUUGUUUUACCAUGAUUGUCCCAACCUGAUUCACAGCUAGAGGGUUAAGAGAGCAUCUCUUUUGUUUAGAUGCUUGUAGCAAAUGGGCUAAUGCACAUUCACCUCCCAAGGUUUUAAAUUGGAGAGUUUAAAAGCAGCCACCCACAUUUCAUUCCCAUCACCACAAACAGGCAUGUCCUGAACAUCAACUUGUGUUUUUUUUUUUUUUUUUUUUUUUUGUAGUCUGCACAAAGCUUUAGCAACUUUCAGAUAGUAAUUCACUCACCAAGAUUUUAUUUUUUUUUUUAUAUGCCCCUCUUUCCUAGACAAUUUGUUGACUGCAUGAUCAUAGCUGUGGUCUAUCUGUGUGAUUCCGCUGAAGGUGUUGCCAUUGAAGACAGCUUUUUGACGUGUUCUCAGUGGUUCUGCUUUGUGUCAUUGUGCUGGAUGAGCUAUCUAGUCAGGCUCUCUCGAAUCAGAGAGGUUGGUGACACUUUGCAGAUGAAAUAUCUCUGACAGACCUGCAGAGUCUGGUUGUGUGUGGAAAUGGGAAGAUGCCUCCCAGGUAGAUCAACAAGUGCAAUAACUCUAGGCUGCUCUAUGUUAACUGUUGACAGAAAGGUAUGUAUGUGUCUUGUGUGCACACUAUAAAUACGUUUGUAAGGAAAAAGCCUCCUUUGUGAGUUGGAAAACUGAGGGAGGUAAAAAGGUGGACCGUUUAACAUCGAUGUGGAUUGAAAACACCUCUCCAGCAUAAGGAUAGGAUGGUGAGGCAGCGUUUAGCAGACUUUAAGGGGUUAUGUCGGUGGUGCACGCAGCUGUAACUGUUUCUAACAGCAGGUGUGUAGACUGCUAUUCCAAAGCUGUGUAUGUAGUAUCAAUGGACGUUGUGAAAAAGGAUAUUAGAGCUUCUCUGUAUGUGCAGUAGCUUUGUGCAUCCAGUAAAGCUCGAAGUUCUGUUGUUUGCUUUCUAUGCCUUGUUAAUAUACUGAAGUCCCCUUGACGUAAAGAACUUCAUUCUGCUUUUUGUGAUCUCACUGUUCUCACACAUGCGCGCGCACACACACACACACAUGCGCACACACACACUCACAAAAUAUAAAUUGUGUUCCAAUAUAUCUGGAUGUCAUUGUUUGCAACAUAAUUAAGAGUAAUAAAAACUGUAAAUAUAAA